GUAAGUGUCUUCAAUUAUUCCCCUCACUUAGAGACGUGCCCAAGGUGUUACAUCCCGAAAUAGCAUUUAGAGCAGCAAAAGCCUUAAACAUCUUUGUUUCUAAAGUUAGCAAUACAGCUCUGCCUUUUUGAUCUGGUGUUACUGAGGAAGGUUGGGUCAGGCUGACCACUGGCAGGUGCAGGCUCCAUUCCCCCAGCUCAGAGUGAGACAGCAGAGUGGAAUGAAAAGAACAGUCGGUCCAUUAGAAACCGGAACUCAGUGCCAUUGACUUUGCCACUAAGUAGCCAUGUCACUAUGGCAGGUCUUCCUCGUGUAAACUGGAGCUGUAUGCAGAGAGACUUCACUUUCUUGGAGUCUUUGAUGCUGAGGGUUAGUUUAGAAUGCCCUUAAUUUAGGGCCAUUUGCAUGAGCUGUGGUCUAUUACCUGCUAGAACAGUGCUAAUGUGUGAGUGUGUUAGUUCAGAAAUGUGUCUUGUAUGCAAAUCAUUAGCUAGCCAUAGUAUUAUACAUUAUCUAGGUAUAUUCAUUUGUUUAACUUUUUUUUAUAUUGUAAAAAUUUUCUUCUGCAAUUCACAGCAUUAACAAAUGGAUGCGGUUUUUCACCCUUAAAACAUUGAGUGUAAGCUGUAGAAAGCAGUAAUAACCAAAAUAACUGAUAAUACCAGCAUUUAAAAUUUUACUGUAACUUAAUGAGUAAUUCAUUAAAAAUUAAUUAGAAACCACUUUAUUUUAACAGGAAAUGUGAAAAUUGAGACUUUUGGAUGCAGCGAGACCCACAAAACUUAGUUUAACCCUUUGGUUUCCAUUUCAUUGUUCUGAACAUAGGUCCUGAGUAGCAAAACCAUGUAUGUUAGCUCAUGUAGGCAUGUCUGUCUCCAGAGCUCAGCUUAGUUACUGUCCUAGCUUCCGUUCUCUUCUUUAUUGGCGAAUGUUGCCAUUAGUUCGGGCUUGGAGAUUUAAUGUUAUAAGUAUGGCCUGUGUUGCCUAAGCAUAGCAGCACAUGGCAGUAAUCCAAGCACCCAGGAGGCUGAGACAGAAGGAGUGGACUUUGAGGCCCACUUGAGUUACAUUGUGAGACCCUGUCUCAAAAACAAAAAAAAAGAUAUGGCAUGUAUUAACUGCUACAUUUUAAGGACCCUUGUAACUAUAUUUAGUUGUGAUGUGAGGUAAUGUAAAAACAGUUUGAUAAUGUGAAUAUGUAUUAUAUAAUCUUAAAACAUUUAAGAUGAUUCUCAGUUGCUUUAAAGUUACAGAAUCAGUUUUAUUCACUGUAUUUAUAUUAAAAACUUAGACCUUUAAUACCAAGUUUGAUUAUAAAUAUAGUCAUAUAUAACAAUUGAUUAAAUUACUUAAUUAUCAUUUAUGGAAAUAAUGGGCAAUUAAAGUUGGCUUUUUUAAAUAGCUUAUUUUUUCCUAAAUUAUACUUUUAUUGGUCCUGAACAUUUUAUUACAGAGAUGUUAGUUUUAAUUUUGAUGAAUAACUUAAUCCUUUGAGCCAGUAAAUAUCUGUCAGUAUGUCCUUUUUUUUUUUUCUUUCUUUCUUUCUUUUAAGUAGGUAUCUUAAAAUAUGAGUAUCUUUUAUUUACAAUUCUGUCAUUGGUUACAGGACCCUCAAGUGUCUCUUUUCUACCAGGUGUGGCUGAGCAUGGCCUCAAGUGCCAGUCUGUCCCCCAUCUCAGUACAGGAGCCACCCCCUCGAGACCCUGCAGUAUGGUGACUGCCCUGGAAAUGAGCUUUCACAUUUUUUUGGAAGGAACAUUUAACUUGAACUACCUAGGCAAAAGCAAUUUUUAAAAUCAGAAGUCUUUGGCCUGGAGUUAGACUACAAGUAGUCAUUAUUUAUUGCUAUUGUGUAUGUGGUUAUUCAUUUUAUCAUCUAAUGAAAAUGUCGGUUUUACCAGUAAGCUAAAUUGAAAACUGCUUUUUACUGUCUGUUCUGCACAUUUUUGUAACUUAUCUUGUUAGUCUGUCUACAUAAGCAGUUUGACUCCCCCAGAUAGCAGUGCCUAGGUCUGUGUUCCCCUGUAAUGCUACUUACACGGCCAGAUAUCGUCCCAGCACAUAAGUCUUCCCUAAGACCAAAGGUUUAGCAAGUUUCCUUAUAUUAAAAUUACUUAAUAUAUUGUUUCAUUUCAUAAUGAGCCAGAUUGUUAAUUCAUUUUAUAAUCUAUAAUACUUAGGAGAUUAAAAACUUUCCUUCUCCUGUGACUAGGUUAAAAGCUGCCUCAUACUGCUAUUUUUAAAUUAAUGAUUUUGCUCUUAAUUCCUACUCUGCCUUUUAUAUGUCUGCUACAUUAAAGUGGCCAAAGACUAAAGUUGUGCUUUUUUUGAUCAUCAGGUAGAUGGUGAGGGUAACUGCUAAGUGUCUGUGGCUAGAGUGGUUUGUUAUAUGACUGACUUGUUAAUGUAGGUUGCAACUGUAAGAUAACACAUUUCAGCAGCUGUGCAUCGUAUUAAAUUAUCUAGCACCACACGUGAGUAUGUUGAUGGACUUUUGUUUUCUUCUCUUAAUGUAAAUCUGGAGUUUUGGUGCCAAGUUAUCUUUUCCACAUGAGCGUCUGCUUCUGGCUUAUGUGGUAGUCCUCAGUAAUUGCCAUUUUUCACACUGCAAAGUCUAAAUACACAGGCUCAAAUCCCAGUUCUGUGAGCACACUAAACGUUUGUGUACCUUAAAGGACCUGGAGCUGUGUCUAAGCAUGUUGAACUCUAUUGAACUUCUGAGUCAGUCUCACAGGCAGGGCAGGUACCAGUCUCCCCCCCCCCCCCAAUAGAACAUGGAUUCAUUAGAAGUUGUGUAUUUUGGCAACCAGAUCUAGUGGGGUACCUUUGAAAUAAUUACUGAGCCUCACUGCCCAGGAGCCGGCUGAAGAAGCAGCAGAGGGCUGAGAUGAGCAGGCUCCUUCCCCGCGUGUGGAGAGGGGGGGCUCAGUUGUCUGUGACAGUAGACUAGCCACAGUUGGGGGCCCUGUGGAUCUGCUAGGCUUUCACAGUCACUGAAGCGGGUGCGUGUGCUUCACCUGGAGCCCGCCUACAGGCAGGGUUAUCACCAGCCAAGCACAUGUGAACAUACUUAGAUGUGUGAGUGCUCUUGUAACUCUCUUCUGGGCAGAGUGUAACCAAGUCUUAGCCAUUCGCUUCUGAAGUUGAUGGUUAAUUCACUUCCAUGCAUCUGUCCUUGAACGUCAGUCCUCCUAGGAAACGUCUCAGACUCAUUAGGACAGUCAGUCUGAUGCCUUGGUGCUUUGAGUCCUUUCCACCUCACAGGCUUGCCACUUUCCUGACUGAGGGUCUCUGGCCUUGCUGCUGCUUUUUCCUCCACUAGGACGGCAGGAUAGAGGUGGCUGUGCAGGUCUGCCCACAGGCUGAAGCAGUCAGUGUAUGACAGGGCUCAGGAUUAUUUUAUUAAUAUCUUAAAUGACCUAGAUUUCCCUAUUUCUCUAACUGUUGCUUUUAUAUUAAAUUGGUGUUUUAAAAACAAACCAACAAUUUAUAAAUACUCAUUUUUCUUUUUGCUAAAUCGUAGUGGAACAUGCUAAGUAUUUUAACGUAUGCAAACAAUAAUUGUGUUUCACUUGCAAUGCUAAUCAUCCUCAGUAACGUUGAACUUGAAAUGAAAACUUGGCACCAAACUUCUUCAGGUAGAAACUUUAAAAAAUAGUUUCUUCCUAUUGUUAACUGAAGAGUGCAUUUAUGAAAGUCUUCAUGAUUAUGUGUUUGGAUACCAAAGGGUUAAAAAUACACCUGUAUUUCUUUUACUGCAAUAACAGAUGUUUGCUAAUGUUUUGACUGUAUAAAUAGACAUUUAGUAAAUGUUUUUAUUUUUUUAUCUUUUGUUAAUGAUUCCAUUUAUUUGCUUAUUUCCAUCUAGGAAUAGUUACUAAUGUAUUUGAGAUACAGCAUACCAAAUUUUAAAGUAACCAGAAUCGUGAGUUGAUGGUUUUUAGUCCAUACUGUUAAACUUUUGUUGAAAUCCUGACAUAAAUUAGCUUCAUGCUGAAGUUACUAGAGGUACUUCUUAAAGACAGCACUAAAGCAGUGGCGGUGGCCACACCAGUGGCCUGGCUCUGUGGCUGCCCUGCACCUCAUGUGUGUAUGUAUUUUUAAUCCAGUGUUGCCUGCAAAUGUGAUCCCUUAUGAUUGACGUUUCCUGUGUAUGAACCAUGCCCGUUUAAGUCACGCAGAAGAUUCUGAAUCUGUAAAAACUACACAUGUCAAUGUUUUACAGCUACGUAAUUCGAAUUGACUUGGUUUUUUCAAGUAAUCCUAGAAAGGGGGAGCAUUCACAUAGAAACUGCUGAAACUGCCACAGGUGCUUCUCCGAAACCUUACGGUUGUGGCAUUGAAUGUUCAGUAUGGCUUCCCUUCUUCACACAAGCAUACUGUUGAGCCUGAGAAAUGCCAGUGGCCUGACCGCAGCGGACAUUGCACAAACCCAGGGUUUCCAAGAGUGCACCCAGUUUCUCUUGAGCCUCCAGAGCCAUCAAAUGAGCCGUUUCUGUCAGAAUGGCACCUUGAGUGGAGGCCAUGAGAGCAUACUUCCCAAUCACAUUAGCCUGGGAACAAAUCGAAAGAGAUGCUUGGAAGACUCAGAAUCUUUGGGAGUAAAGAAAGCUAGAACCGGAGUUCCCAGCCUGGAUCACACCGUGCCACUAGCAAACGGCGAGGCUGAAGAGGAUGCUGACAGAAUGCAUGUUGACAGAGAGUUUGCUACCGUAUCAGAUGUGAAAAACGGUAGCUCCGUGUUGAAUACAUUGACAAAUGGAAGUGUCAUCAAUGGACAUUUGGACUUCCCCUGCGUGACACAGCUCAAUGGGAUGGAGAGCAGGAGUAACCCGUGCUUAACAGGAUCUAAUGGAAUUAGCAGUGGACAGCCAUUUUCCAGUGGCCAGGGUUCUCUCUGUGCUAAUGGGACUGAGGAGCCAGAAAAGACCAUGGGCAUUAACCCUGAGAUGUGUGGGUCUCUGCAUCUGAACGGGAGCCCAAGUAGCUGUGUGGCCAGCAGGCCAUCCUGGGUUGGGGACGUGGGAGAGAACUUGCACUAUGGACACUACCAUGGGUUUGGGGACACUGCCGAGAGCAUCCCUGAACUGAGCAGUGUGCUCGAGCACUCGAGCUGUGUGCGGGUGGAGCAGCGUUAUGACAGUGCCGUCCUGGGCACCAUGCAGCUGCACCACGGCUCCUGAGCCCAGCCUGCCUCAGCUCCACCGCAGAGAGCCUUUGGGUUCCUUCACGAAGUGAGUGCCGCUAGAGCAGAGGGCUUCCCAGCGCUCCUGCAAGAGCACUUUGGGGGGGUUCACCUUUUUUUGACACCAGCCCCUUUUUGUUUCUUUGUGAAUUCUAGCUGAUGAGGAUGACUUGGGUUAGUAAAUGAGGUGCCUGGUAACACAGGCACCAUUUCAAAUCAUUUACCAGACAACACAGCUCUUCCUGUGCAGGUGCAACCUUACAAUGGUGUCUUACCGCCACCUAGGAAGAGGACUGUCAGUGGCCAGGGCACAGUAGUCUCCCUGUUUCCUGUGGAGACCACUGCCUGUGUUUCCUUAGGAACAGGCUCUGCCUGGGGUAGAUUAGGGUGGUUGUGUUUUUACUCCACAUUUCUACUUGGUCUCUGGACUUUUUACCACAGAUAAUGGUUUUCUUUAUAUUUAGUGGAAGUCACUGUUUGUAGGAACUGUCAGGUCAGAAUAUUUUACUAUGGUGACCUAUUUUUUUGUUACUGUUUUUUGAGGUUUUCUGCUUAAAUAUAUAUACUACUAUAUAUCCAGUUAACCGAGAGAAUUUUGGAUUUCUCUUAUUAAAACUGCAUUAAAUUUAUGGUUUUAUAGAAAUGAGCUUUUGUUUAGGCAACUAGUGGUUACACUGCAGACACCGCAAUGACUUCUGAUUUUUGUAAUAACGAUUGGUGCAGGUGAACUGUGAAAUGAAGAAACCAGUGCUUUAAGGAUGUACUAGCAUUUUGUUUUUAAACUGUUCUUUACAAAUUGAAUAAAAAACCACUGCUGAUGU